AUGAAGGAGUUGCUGCGGAAGGAAGUAGUGGAGCUGUCGGUUUCGCCCUACGACACCGCCUGGGUCGCCAUGGUGGGCCUGGGCCGCGACCAGCAGCCUCGUUUCCCGCAAUGCCUGAGAUGGGUGGCGGAGAACCAGCAGGCGGACGGGUCGUGGGCUUCGCAUCCAGCUGGAGCUGAUCCGCUCCUGGUGAAGGACUCUCUCUCCUCCACGCUCGCCUCCGUCCUCGCUCUUCGCAGCUGGGGCGUCGCCGACGAACUCGUCCACCGAGGGUUGGACUUCAUAAGAUGUAACGCUUGGGCAGCCACGGACAAGAAGCAGCGCACCCCGAUUGGGUACGACAUCAUAUUCCCAGGGAUGAUGGAAUCUGCCGCCGCGUUGGGCCUCAACCUCCCAUUCCACCCUUCUGCCUUCCAGGCAAUGCUUCAAAACCGAGACCUACUUCUUCAAAGGGCGUCCGGGAAGAGAGCCGACGUGGCAUUUGCGGCAGAGGGAUUGGCGACCACGACCAGAUUCAACGGCGGCGGCGGCCAAUGGCAGGAAGUGCUGCGGGAGCACCAAAGAAAGAACGGCUCUUUGUUUAAUUCACCUUCCGCAACAGCUGCGGCUCUUCUCCAUCUCCACGAUGAUCACAAUUCCUUGGCCUAUUUGGACUCCGUCCUCUCCGCCUACGACAACUCCCCAGCUGUGCCGGCCAUUUUCCCACUGGACUUGUUCAGUCGGCUGGACAUGGUGGACAACGUCGUUAAACUUGGGAUACAACAAUAUUUCAGGCGAGAGAUUACGCUCAUUCUUGACCACGUAUACAAAUGUUGGAUCCAGAGGGACGAGGAAUUGUUCUCCGAUAUCGGUUGUCUGGCCAAGGGUUUCCGGCUCCUGCGUCUAAAUGGAUACCAUGUCUCCUCCGAGGUAUUCGAAGGACUUGACAGGAAAGAAGAUUACUUCAAGAGCGUUCUCACUCAGUACAAAAGCAACGACACAAUCUUGGAGCUGUACAAAGCUUCACUGAUCACCACACUUCUCCCAAGCGAACCCAUUCUCGACGGGAUCAAGGAUUGGACGAGCUCUUACCUCCGACAAACCUCAUUAUCGCACAACGACUCUGACCAGGACCAGAGGUUGGCCCAAGAGGUGGAGUAUGCAUUGAGGUUCGCGUAUGCAAGUUUGGAACGGAUCGAAAAUAGGCUGAGCAUAGAGACAGCUGACGUGGACAACCACGUCAAACUUCUCAAAACCUCGUACAGUCUCUCUAAUGCAGGCAAUAAAGAUUGGCUGGAAUUUGCAGUUGAUGACUUUAACAAGUGCCAAUCUCUGCAACGGAAGGAGCUUGAGGUUCUGGAAAGGUGGGUGAAAGACUACAGAAUAGAAGAGCUCAAGUUUGCAAGGCAGAAGGUGGCUUAUGGAUUUUUCGCGGCGGCCGCCAUUCUUUUCUCGCCGGAGCACGCCGAGGCCAGGAGUUCAUGGGCCAAGAACACCGUCCUCGUAACACUCGUUGACGAUUUGUUUGAUGUCGGCGGUUCCGAGGAAGAACUUCUCAACUUGAUCGACCUGGUCAAAGCGUGGCAUGGGCACGAGUCGAUAGGGUUCUGCUCCGAAAAAGUUGAGAUCAUUUUCAAGGCGGUUUACGACGCAACCAACGAGUACGUUGCCAAGGCUAGCCUAGUGCAGGGACGAUGCGUCAAACAUCACUUCAUGGACAUGUGGCUUGUUCUGCUGGACUGCAUGUGGCAAGAGUACGUUAGGGGAAGAGACCAGAUAAUUCCGACAAUGGAAGAGUACAUUGCGACAGGAUACGUAAGCGUUGCAUUGGGACCGGUCAUCUUGGUGCCAAUGUACUUCUUGGGAUGCAACCUCUCCGAGAAAGCCAUGCGAAGCAAAGAGUACGACGACCUGUUCAUGCACGUCAGCGUAAUAGCUCGACUCCUCAACGAUCUCGCCACCAUUGGGCGAGAGAUUGCUCAAGGGAAAGAAAACAGCUUGGCGUUGGGGAUGAUGCAAGGGAGCGGGAAGGUGACGGAGGAAGAGGCAAGACGAGAGAUUCAGAGAAUGAUUGAGAAGCACAGGAAGGAGCUGCUGAGGAUGGUGGUGUUGAAGGAAGGAGAUGAAGGGAGCGUGGUGCCGAGAGCCGUGAAGGAAGUGUUUUGGCAGACGAGCAAGAUCGUGCAUAUGUUCUACAUGUCCAAAGAUGGCUUCUCUUCGCCACACGAGAUGGUGGCUGCGAUUGAUUCUGUCAUUCACAAGCCCAUAGUUCUGCCUCAUCAACAUCACCACCACCACGAUUCGACAUGAUCGUGAUCCGAUAAAUUAACCCUUACCGCUUGUACGUAUGUAUAUGUAUUAUCUAACCAAUCCAAGAUGAAUCCAUGCCUCAAUUUUCAAAUCAAUACAUAAAUAGUCAUUUUUAAAGGGGCCAUUGUAUUUCCGUGUUGAGCCGGUAAUAAUUUCUUAUGUUAUUUCAUUUGUA